GUUCCUGGGUGCUGUGAAAAAAGACGAAGCGAACUAAACAAGGGUUUUAUCAAGAGUUAUGUCCCUUGGCCACGAAUUCCUGGAGAUGCUUUUCAUCUGCAAAACUUUCCAGACAAUGUGUAUAGACGUUAUGGGAUCGGUAUGAAAUAUAAUUCUUGAUAUAACGCUUGUUCAGUUCGUUUUGUUUCUCUCUAUAUAUAUAUAUAUACACACAUACACAUACAUACAUACAUAUAUAGAAAUACUAUUAUAUCUAAAUCUCUCAAAGAGAGACAUUCAGUAACAGUUCUUUAAAGUAAGGGCUAUUUUCCAACAUAAUGUCGCUGUCUUGAAAGGGACGAUGUUACUGUUGUUUUAGCCCCAAGAAACAUAGUUUCUAGUUGGCUAUAUGAUACACUGUCCUAAUAUUUUUGAAUAUUUAUGAAAUUGACUUUCUAUCUGUUUGUUUGUCUGUCAAGAUAAAACUAGACAGCAAAUCUGCAGUUGUCUCACCCUGGUUCAGAUUCGAAACUGAAUCCUUCAAUUCUCCUUGGGAAUACGACCUAUUCAAGCGGCAAAAGAAACCAUGACAAAUGAGUAUUCCACCCAAAGUUGGAAAUCGUGGGAAUCGCAUGACCGUGAUAUGUAGAACACAUUAUCGAAAGCGAAAAUCACCAAAAUGAAAAAAUAAAAAAGUUACAGCGGUUUUAGCUGUGUCUAAUCGCAAUGUGCACCGUUUAUAUUUAUCAUUCUCUGUGUUCGAAUAUUACUUUCAUUCAAACUGUACGCUAAAAUAUGACUUAACAAGAAGGAUAUUAUGUAUAAACACAGAAAUGAAAGACCUACGGACAAAGUAACAAGAUUGUUUCUAGUGUAUAAAACUCUCUGGUUAUUAGAGGCGAAUUCUUUCGAUACCAUUAUUGACACUUCCGGUAUGUCAACCCCAUUCAUCGCCAAAUCAAUAAACAUUGCAUCUGUGUUAUUUCUGUUAAUUAUUUUAAACUGUGUUAGUAAUACCCAAUCACGUCCUGAACUCGUUUAUUAACCAGAAGAAAAUAGAGAUAUUCUAUAAGAAGUAGAUAAAAGUUCUGCUCAAUCUAUCAAUGUCCUCAUCAAUUUCAACUUCCACUACUUUAGUACAUCUCUCAUUAUCUCAUCUUAUAACUACAUUGUUAUAUACUAUGGAAGACAUGGGGAGAAGCAGUGUUGACCGAUUUCAGGAGAUUGAACCUCAAAGAAAUGAGAAAAAAAUAAAAAAGUGGCGAGACAUUAUGCUGCAGAAGACCCUUCCAAACUAUGUAAGCAUGGAGAAAUGGAUAUAAAAUGUUAAGACAUCAUCACACAGAUAAAUUAAAAAAGAAAAUUAUGGAUGAAAAAGCAGAGCCUGAGACUAUUGAAUCCUGUACUCAGACACCAGAAGAUAUAGAAGAGGAUUCAUUCACUUGCGAUAUAUGUGGGAAGUUAUUCACAUCAAGAAAAAAUUCAAUACAGCAUAAGUUAAUCCACUCAGACUCCAAAUCAUACCAAUGUGAUGUUUGUGGUAAAAAAUUUACUAUGAGUAGUUUAACUCGCCACAAACGUAUUCACACUAGGAAAAAACAGAAUCACUGUGAUAUCUGUGGUGAAAACUUUUUCACAAAUGCUAGUUUAUCUUCACACAAGCGUAUUCACACAGGAGAGAAACCAUACCACUGUGAAAUCUGUGACAAAUAUUUCUCUCGGAAAGGUAAUUUAUCUACACACAAACUUAUUCAUGCAGAAGAGAAACCAUACCAUUGUAAUGUCUGUAGUAAAUCAUUCUUCAAUAGUCGUAGCUUAAUUGCCCACAAACGUGUUCACACAGGAGAGAAACCAUACCACUGUGACAGCUGUGAUAAAAAAUUUCCAACAAGAGGCCAUUUGUCUUACCAUAUACGUAGUCACACAGGAGAAAGACCCUACCGUUGUGAUAUCUGUGGUAAAACAUUUCCUGUAAGUGGUUCUUUGUCUUACCACAAAUAUAUUCACACAGGAGAAAGACCACAUCAUUGUGAUAUCUGUGGUGAAAAAUUCACCAGAAAAAGUUCAUUAAAUCGCCACAAACACAUUCACACAGGAGUAAGACCUUAUAAAUGUGAAACCUGUGGUAAAGCAUUUUCUAGAAAUUCUGAUUUAUCAUGCCACAAACUUGUUCACACAGGAAAGAAACCAUACCACUGUGAUAUCUGUGGCAAAAAGUUUUCUCAAAAUAGUAAUUUAACUUCCCACAAACGUAUCCACACAGGAGAAGAACCAUAUCAGUGUGACAAAUGUGAUGAAACAUUUUCUAGUAGUGAUGAUUUAUCUUCCCACAAACAUUUCCACAAGAAAGAAAGACCAUACCAGUGUGAUAUCUGUGGUGAAAGAUUUUCUAAGUGUACUGAAUUGUCUUCCCACAAACAUAUUCAUUCAGGAGAAAGACCGUACCACUGUGAUAUUUGUGGUAAAACAUUUUCUAAAAGGUGUCAUUUGUCUUCCCACAUACGUGUUCACACAGAAGAAAAGCUAUAAAACUAUAAUAAAACAUUCUCACUAAGUGGUACUUUAUCACAACUGAAAUAUAUUCAUACAGAAAAUGACCACACCACUGUGAUAUCUAUUGUGAAACUUGUACUAAAAGUGAUUAUUUAAUUCAACCCAGAUGUAUCCACACAAGAGGUAGACCAUCACUAAGAAUCUGCAGUAGUUAGUGAAUCUGUUCAUAUUAUAUUAGUGUAAUAGAUUUCAGCACUCAGUAUCAUCAUCAUCAAUGUUUUAUUAUUCUUUGUUCCAUACUGGUAGUCUGUCUGAGGAUACAAUAUAUUUUUUAUACACACUGAAUAUUUGUCCUGUUGAACAUAUAGCUGUUGUUGCUACUGUUAACUGCUCUUAAACUUCUUUAACAUCUGAACUUCCAGUCAUCUUUCAGCCUGACAAAAUAUCCCUAUAUCCUUUAUGCUUUUGUAAAUAGUAUUGAAUUACACCAUACAUGUUUAUCAAGCCACAAAGGACUGGGAUAUUGGACUAUGUUUCAACUAGUAUUUUGUAUAUUGACAUGUUGAUCUUUAUACUCUUGACCAUUCUUCCAAGUUAGGAAUUUUUUGUGCAACACUAUUCUGUUGUUACAGCCAAAUCAUCAGUGAAUAAAAGUUUCCAAAAACAAUAAUCUUAAACUUUGUGUUGUAGACUCAAGAACUAUAGUGAAUAGAAAGUGAAUGAGGAAAGAAACUUAGUGCAUACACAACUACAUGAUUUACUCACCACCUAAACUUAAUUGGCCAGAAAUGACUCUCACAAAUCAUUUAUCUGUAUUUAAUAACCUUACUACACACAUCAAACUACAUACCUCAAGAACCUGUGAAAAGUGUUCUGCAAGAUGACAGAUUUUGAAUAGAGUGUUAUAUUUACUUGUGGUUCUACAUUGUUAUACAAACACAAACUACAUCUUAUCCCACUGACAUUAUCAUGUACUGUCUUGGCUAAAAAAUCGAUCUGUUAUUUUAGACUUGGUUUAUCACACAGAUCUCAAUUCAUUGGUCUGUAAGUUAGUAGGUAUAGAGUGUUGCUGAGUAAAUCAUUGCCAAUCAGUUUUCUAUUUGAUGUUGUCUAGGAUGUUUGUAUGUGUAGAAGCACCACUGUCUUAUACAUGUGAGCAGUAUUACAAUAUAAAUCUUACUUUAGAGGGUGAACAUCUAACCAAGACUGAAGCAUUUACUAAUCUUUGAGAGGAACCCUAAUAUUUGUAGAGUCAUUUUGGCAAUGUUAUAUAUGUGGGGGUCACCAUGAGAAAUAAGAGUGUGACCUUGGUGUUGUAGCAACUGAAAGGUUUUCAUUGAGUGUUGUUUAUGAAUUGAAAGGCUGAGAUACAUGACUGUCUCCUUGAUAAUUGUAAUGAUUGUCUUUGUGUUGUUGAAAGACACUGGGAUGUCUUAUUAAAGAAUACUGUUGAUGUCAUUGUUCAUGGAAAAAGUAUGUGAGUUGUAUGUAGCCUCUUAGUCAAAACCACUAACCCUGUCCUUCAUUCUUUCUUCUGCUGAGGAGAAAAACCAAUCUGAACUUCACACUCACCUAUGAAGUGGGUAACCAGCUGGUUGAUAUCUUUCUGAAGUAUAUUUUUCAAAUGGUAAAAUCCUUAGCAUCACACAAAUCCAAGGGUUUGGAUCCUUCCUUAUUUCUUGUACCAUGUUUUCCAUCUUGGUAUUUCCUGAAAAUGAUCAUUGAAAUUGCUUGCUAUGACAAUAAUAUCAACAAAAUUGAUUUUUGUGACAGCUUAAACAAAGACCUCAGAGAACCUUUCACUGUCAGUUUAUCCAACUUAUGGGAAGUAAAAGAUCAAGGGUUUCAAUGUUGUAAAACUUGAUAUACUUCAUUGUAUAAUUAAAAUAUAUUUCUACAUUGAAGAAAUACCAGUGGGAAUAUUUUAGGAUCACUACUGUGAUGUUAAUGUCAUAAACAAAUAUUAAAAUUAUACAAAAUAGUAUUUUAUCUAAACCUCAGGCUGGGUAACAAUGUACCAACUAGAACAUUCCAAUAAUGAACCCACUGUUUUUUGGGUAAACUACCAUCAAAGAUGAGAAAAUAUAUAAAAUAAAUACCUCAUUAAAAUAAAAUUUUGAAAUAUUAA